CAAUUCAGGAUAACUGGUUUAUUGCGUUCCGGGCAAAUGAAAUGGAAAGACCGGCCUCUGUGGUAUGACGUGUACGCCGCGAAUCCGCCAAUGUAUGAGCCAACAGCAGUGGCGCCGUACCCCAAGCAGAAGGUCCCCAUUCGACAGCUCUUCUACAAGGAAGACAUCCCAAGGGCGCGUUUCUACAAGCAGUUCCCUUCGUUGGGUGCCAUGAACAUCAGCAAUGAAGAAUCGGAAUCGCUGUCGCGAAUGUUCACGGAUCUUUACAUGGCCAAUGAAGAAAUGUGCCCUGAACUAAGCGAAGAUGAGAUCUACGCCAAGACAAUGAUCGCAUUCAAAGGUAAAUCCACCUAA